AGUUGGCUUUUCCAAUGUGAGGGUCGCUCGGCGAUUUGUUCUCGCCUCAGUUUGAGUUUCGCACACGAACGGACGGGUCUGAUGGUUUGGCGUACUCGCAGUGCCACGCUUCGAUGAGCACCUCGCAUUUUUCCGAGAUGAUGACGCAGUGCGUCUUCCUCGUCGUCGUGUCGCUGGUUUUGUCGCACGUGCGGGCGGCCAACGACGGGAACUCUUCCGCCUUCGAAUCCGGCGAUGGGUCCAUACUGAAUCCGGCUUGCGUCAUUCAUGCCACACUAUAUAUGAAAUCUUCCGUGGAGAGGAGCAGCCAGGACUUUGGGUUGCCACUGGACAUAGACUGCAGUGGGAACAGCUCGCUGGAGGUGAACGCCUUCGACUUGGGCGCCAGAAGGGUGGCCGGCAAGAGGCAUGUGCUCCUCGAUGGCUCGCAAACACCGCCCUUGGGAAUCUCCAGUUACGGAUUGGAGUACCUGGACAACUGUGUGGAUCUGGAGAGUGUGGAGAUUCAGCAUUUCGUGGGCGAUGCCAGUCUGAAGUUGAGCUGUGGCGGAGCUUUAAUGUCCCACCUGUCGACGGUUUCCUUGAAAAACAAUGAACUGGGAACGCUGAGUGGGGAUACCUUUGAGGACUCGCCCCACUUAAAGGUGCUCCAACUGCAGCAGAACUCCUUGAGGUACCUGGAAAAGCUUCAGGGCUGUGCUGAGUUGGAGGAGCUGGUCAUCCAAGACGAAGCGGAUCUAGUCCUUAAGGAAAACGACUUCAUCAUGCAGAUGUCGGAGUUGAGAAAACUGAGCUUGGGAAAUAUAAAAAAAAUAGAGGGAAAGUUCUUGGAAAGCUUACCCGAAAACCUUACGGACUUGAUGAUCGAAGACACGCCCAUCCAACCCGGAGAAUUGCUGCUGAAGAAAGGGGUAGCCCAACUGGUCAACGUUACCCUCACAAACUGUCAGCUGAGAAGUUUUUCCCUGGAUCCCCCUCGAAAUCUGGACAUUGUUCGUCUCAACCUCAGCGGCAAUGCAUUGGUGUCCUUGAACAUUAGCUUUCACGACGGACCAAGUACCCUUGACAUCCUGGACUUGAGCAGAAACAAGUUGGAGCACUUGAACUCCACUUGGUUCCUCAGGACCACCAGUCUUCGGUCUCUCUACCUGCAGGAGAACCGCUUCCGGACACUGUCCCUCUUCCAAGUGGGAUUGCUCUCCCCGGCUAGCAUUCAGCUCAUAGAUUUGAGAUCCAAUCAGCUGAUGAGCUUCAGGGAGACGGAGAAGGCGGAGUCCCCCUACUGGAACCCACAACUGCGCCUCCUGAUCGACGGCAAUCCCUGGAGCUGCCAGUGGCUGCUGAACUUCUCGCACUCGCACCCACAACUGUUCCGCCUGUUCCAGUACUCAAAGUAUAUAUCCCACAUCAAUGUGAAUGGCCUGAGCUGCAAGCCCCAAGAGCCGCCAACGGAAGAGCCUCCCAGGCCGAGGAGGAUAAUGCAGGUGAGGAUCAAUGGCUCGGACUCCUCGGCUCCCGUUCCCGUGGCACAUCCCAAUGGGAACGUGUCCAGCUUCACCGUCCUCUACGGAAACCCCGUGGAACUGCAUCGAAGUCAGAAAUCCCUGGCGCUGAUAAUCGUCUUUAUGCUGCCGCUGGGAAUCGCCUUCCUGUUCCUCCUGCUCUAUCUGUACCUCCAUUGUGAGCGACUCUUCCACUUGUCCUACUACGCCUCCGGAUUGCCCUGCUUCGGUGGCGAGAAGUCCUCCAGCAGGCCCAGAUUCGUGGACCACGUGGACAUAGUGCGGUAUCCCGUUGCCAACGGCGGGGGAACCCCGGUGGACUUGGAAACCGAACUGCCCGACGGCUAUGAAACCCCAGUGAGCGGAGGCACCUCGAUCUGCAACUGCACAGGCAACAGGGAGUCCGCCUGCUCCAGGACGCACCACGUCACCUACGAAUCGCUGCCGACGGAGCUGCCCUAUCAGCUCUAUGCCGAGAUAAAGGAGCACGUGGAUGACGAUGGCGACACGGAGGGGAUGCUGGCGGCCACUCCGGGGUCCACGGCUCCCAUCUACGAUCAUCUGUCCUUCGUGGAGGAGAUCCCCAAGCUAGAGGAACUGCGAGACAUUUCCUAGGUAUCGUUAGGUUUAUUAAUUUGUUUAUAUUUGCAAUCUCCGCGUCUUGUUCUAUAACUAAUUGUUAAGUUUGGCUAGUCUAAAUUCAAAUAAAAAGUUCUUUGAUAAGCUGA